AUGCCAUCGCGUGUAUUGUCUUCGCAAGAGGUUCAGGAGGAUGCCACACCAGUCACGCAGGUCCGCGUGGUAGUACACACACAGGGUGCAGCUGGCCCAAACACAAGCGAUAAUCAUUGGUCACUAUACUUGGUUCAUCCUAAUGGCACAUCGUCAAUUCGCAUCAAUAUGAGAGCGGAGUUUGGUGAUCCGACGGGGAUCCUUGAGUGGACAAAACAUGACUACGUCCACUCUAUAUCUACAGUCAGGUAUUGGGACUUCCCAGUUGCAGCCGGAAUCACUGUGUUGUUCUUCGCACGCCUCAUUUACAAUCUCCGCCGUGAUAGAUAUGACAUGUCCGGGGGAGGUUCGGGCUGCCGGUGGUGGGUUUAUAAUGUCAUGUCCGAUAUGGCUCAAGAAAACUAUAUCCACCAAAGCGCCCCCGGCGAAAUUUGGCCCAACUUAUUAUUUCUGUAUCAUAAGCACCAAGAGCGAAGGGAACUUCAGAUGGUUCGCGGUGAGUUUGUUUGA